AUGGAUGAGGAAGAUCUGAUCGAGUUCGAUCCUGAACCGAUUGAGGAGAUGAAACACCUUUGCUUAUGGGAAGGCUGCGUUUGUAAACGUAAACGUGAUAGCGUCCAGAAAGAUGGCGUAACUACACUUCUUAGUGCCACAAACUCCUCAUCCGAGCACCAGGCCAUCGCCUCGACCCCUUCAUUGAACAACACUCAGCCCGAUGUGCAGACAACUCACAAUACGACCAGCCCCAACGGAGGACAGGUCGUUCUGCCCAAGAAAGCAGCCGAGAAGAAAGAAGUUGCCACAACAAAGCAAUACAAGCGAGACCCGACCGUUUGCUUGGUCGGAUUCCAUAACCACUAUUUGUGGGAAACGCUUUAUGAAGCAGGUCAUCGUUGUGAUGUCUGCAAGAGGAUGCAAACCAAGCACAUCCAUACCUGCCCCAGAUGCCCUUUCAAGAUAUGCUGGGCCUGUCGAUGUGACUAUGGACUGACCAACAAGACGGCCAAGGAAUUGCGCCGCCGACGUAACCGAGUCUAG